CCUCGGGGCGCGGGGAUGAUGAUGAUCGCGUCGUGCAAAGUGUCAAAAUAUACGUCCGUCGUAAAAACGCAUUCCUCAACGUGCUCGGACAACGAUCGGAGCGAAACGUUUCGCCAAGACUCGCGUUCUAUUCGUUUUCGACUGGCCGACAUAUUCCAACACAAUGCGCAAACCGCGAAAACGCGACCUUCGUCAUAUUGCGACGUGUCGUUUUCCUUGAAUAUUUUGGAAUAUUUCGCGUUCGCGGUUACUUGUUAAAACACUUUUACGUUUAACGUAAUGCGAUAAUCUGCAAUCAAAAUUUUGUGUGCAGAUAUCAAUCGGCACAAAGACACACAGCUAUUUCUUAGCAUCAGUCAGCAAUUUACAAGUAUAAUUUUAGAUAUAUAUGACUUAAGAAUGGAGUUAUCGUCAGAAAUAUUGGAGAGCUUGGUUAUGGAUAAUAAAGAUGUUAUGGAGGUGCUGAAAGGUGGAAGCGUCACAGAGGAAGACAUUAUAUUUGAGUCUGAAGCAACUGAGGAUUUCGAAGAGGCAGAAAUAGAAGAAAUUAUAGAAAUAAUUGAGGAAGUUGAGGAAAGUGACGAGACUGCUCUGGAUGGUGAUGUAUCUCUGUCAGAGGAUAAAGAUAAGACAGUAAAUACAAAGGAUGGUGAAAUAGUUGAGAGGACAGAGAAAAAUAAUCUAGCAACUAAGAAAAAUAUAGACCUUUAUGGCUUUGACGAAGAGAAUUCCGUGUUUACUUCACAAUCUGCAAAGAAUGACUCGGCCAAAAAUAGCACUAAUAGCAGUACACAAAAAACUAUUAAUAAACAAGUUAUAAAUUAUGAUGUAGAUGAAGACUGGCAGGAUGAAGAAUUGGAUCGCAUAGAUGAAUUGGAUAAUACUUCUGAAGUGAGCAAUCAUGCGGAUUCUUUACAAACACAAACGGAUAAAAAACAUGUAAAUAAUCAAACUGUUUCGCUACAAUCAAAUAAAAUAGAUUUAAGAAUUAAUAUGGAUUCUAUAAAAAGAUCGGACAAAUCUCGAACAGACAGUGGUAUUGGAAAUAAUAUAAAUAAUAUUGAAGAUGAUAGUGAAACACCUCAUGAGAUAGUGAAAAAUGUAGAGAACAAUCUAUUGUAUACUGUGCUUGGUACAAAGAAACAAGAUUCAUCCAAGCAGCAACAAGAAAAACUCAACGAUGCACAUUAUGUCAAAAUGGAACGACUUGAAGAGAAUACUAUACCAGUCGAGGGUACCAUAUAUUAUGAAGGAGAUAAUAUGGAAACAUUAUACGUAGCGCAAGCUAUUGAUGACAAUGAACAAUAUCAGUACGAUAAUGCAACAAUAGAGCAAGAUGAACAAAUGUCUUGGGAAGCGGCGAAUCCUGAAUCUAAUCAAAGUCAGGAAGAGGAUAAUUCUCAAGAUCAAAUAUUUUUACAUGAGGACGAGGAUGGUCAGUUGUACUUUAAGGAUGCCAAUGGAAUUUUGCAACCAGUAUAUUUGACUGAAGAUGGAAAUUAUGCGAUUGCUGAAACCAGCGAUGAUAAUACUGGUAAAGAAUUGCAAUCAAAAUCUCAACAAAACAACGAUACGAUUGAAGAUGAUACUUACAUUUUACCUGAUUCAGAUAUCAAAUCCGUUUCUAAUAAGACAACCAGUAAUACGGUAUCGCCGACGUCGCUUCAAGAUUUUGAUAAUGAAGACAAUACUGUAACUAUAUCUUUGAUAAUAUCAGAGGAUGAGAAUGGACAAAAGAGAACUCAAGUCAUUAUACCAACAACAGAUAAUUUAAAGUGUGACAUCUGUAACAAAAGUUUUAAAACAUCCUGCCAAUUACUCAGACAUAAUAGAUUAAAACAUGCUCGCGAGGAAGAUAUAACUACAAGAAACUUUCCUUGCGAUUUGUGCCCUAAAAGAUAUCCGGAUCAGACUUCUUUAGCUCGCCAUAGAAAAACACACACCGGCGAUCGACCGUUCCAGUGUUUGGAAUGUCAUAAAAACUUUCCCACUUCUACAGCGUUACGACGUCACUUAACGCUACACAAUUCGCAGUCGCGACCACUUCCUUGCAUCUACUGCGGUCGGCGAUUUAUGGACAAGACUAGUUUAGCAAAACACGAAGAGUCACACAUGCCUAAUGAACAGCGCAAGUAUACAUGUGAUAUAUGUCAAAAGACUUUCCAUCAUGUAACUGACUUGAGUAUGCACAAGAAGUAUCACGAUCCUGAUAAGAAAUUCGAUUGCGAGGUUUGCGGUCGCGAGUUUAACAGAUUGAACAACUUGCAAAGACACAUGAUGGUACAUCAACAACAACAAGGAGGAAACGAGGAAAUACUUUCCUGCGAUGUGUGUGGAAUCACAUAUAAAUUCAUGAGUUCUUUGACAAGACAUAUGGUGACUACUCAUAUGAAUCCCGAAAAAUUGAGACAGCAAGCGGAAGAGCAAAGAAGGAAGCGCGAGAAUAAUUACCGAAAGUAUUUAGAAAAUCGAAAAAUGUAUGAAACUCAGCAUUCUUCGUACGGUACAAAACGUAAAUAUCAUUUAACUUCCGAAAGUAAUGACGAAACGGCCUGACUUAAAUUUUCUCAUAGUCUCUUGAUAGUUUCAUAAAGAGCAGUCAUAAGAUUUUUAUUGGUGUAAUAAUUCUGGACUAGCAAUGUCUUUGUAUCAUUCAUCAAUUGACAUAAAUGACACAGAUGUGCAUUUAAUUUAAUGAACAUUAUG